AUGACGUCCCUCUCAGCAUUAGAGAGGCAAAUCUUUGACUUCCUUGGCUUCCAGUGGGCACCAAUUCUUGGAAAUUUUCUACAUAUAAUAGUCGUCAUAUUAGGUUUGUUUGGAACCAUUCAGUACAGACCUCGAUAUAUCGUGGUGUACACAGUAUGGACUGCCCUCUGGGUCACCUGGAAUGUGUUCAUUAUCUGCUUUUAUUUGGAAGUAGGUGGGCUCUCUAAGGAUACAGAUCUGAUGACAUUCAACAUUUCUGUGCACCGGUCGUGGUGGCGGGAACACGGGCCUGGCUGUGUCCGAAGAGUGCUGCCUCCGUCCACCCACGGCAUGAUGGACGAUUACACGUACGUCUCUGUCACAGGCUGCAUUGUGGACUUCCAGUACCUAGAGGUCAUCCACAGCGCUGUCCAGAUACUACUCUCUUUGGUUGGUUUUGUGUAUGCCUGUUAUGUGAUCAGUAUUUUCAUGGAAGAAGAGGACACCUUUGAUUUCAUAGGUGGACUUGAUGCACGCUCCUACUACCAGGAUCAUGUUGAGUUAAAGCCUAAAAAGCCAGUCGAAAUAAGUAAUGACACUGACUCUGAAACACGGCUGCUGAACUUGAGUUAGGAAGCAAAGCACCACUGAGAGCACCUCUCUGCAUUGGCACGUCUCACUUCCUCCCAGAGGACGGACCACGCCUCCCUACUUCCCCACGAAUCCCGGAGUUCUUGGGUCACAGCCUAUGUAUUAUUAGCAUUGUUCACUAGAUGAGUUGUAGGUGACUGGGUGGGUAUUUUUUUAAGUCAUUUUCUUCUUAUAUGAAUACUUGUAAAUUAUUUUAAAAAUUGGUCUUUCAUUUUUUAACAAUAUUUACUGUGAGGCAUGCAAAACAAAAACACUUGGUGAAAACCUUCUACAGUCAAUUCUAAGAGAAAUACUGGUUUUUGUAUUGAGGUGUUAAGUCGGUGUUGCUGAUGACCUGAGUUAUCCUAUGCCUGAUGGAGUUUGCAUUAACAGACAUUACCGGGGGCUACUCAAUAUGAAGUUAGAUGCUGUGACAGCUGAUAAAUGGGUGCAAACAGUGGAUCCGGCCUUCAGACUGACCAUGGGUCAUUUUUUCAAUACCAUAGGACAAAACGUGAGGUCCUCCUUUGUUCUCAACUUUCCAAAAUGCAGAACACCAUUACAUCAAUCUAAAUUCUCAGAUUCAUGCAUAUUAUCUUGUUCUUCCUGUAUUCUGAGAAGAACAGAUCAUGGGGAGUAUAGAAGAGUAUGAUUAGUAGAAUACCUUUCCCCUUUGGAGGUUAUAUGGGUAUCUCUGAUGUUCAUAUUUUCUACUCUUUAUCCCGGUUCUGACAUUGGUGUCAGACCUAAACAUACAGCUUGUGGAGUUGUGGAACAGAAAUCACAACCAUAAAUCCGCAAUCAGGAAUAUUGCUCUUAAGAUAUUCAAAAGGAGCAUUAAAAUGGUAUGGAAUUCUCUAUAAAUGCUCCUAAAAAACAUAUUUAUAUUUGCUCUACAUCAAUUUUUAUUUUUCUUACCCCAUCCCAAUAACCAAGAAAGUAAUAUGGGAAACAUCAUUUUCCAGGGAAAGAAGGACUGUUUUGAAAACACAUCAUAGCUUUUUCCUUUCAUAUCUUUCAAUGACUAUUUCCCAUAUCAAAAUAAGUUUUGCUCACUUUGGAUAGCAACCAAGGUGAGGCCCCCUAUAGGCCACAAAAUUGUGUACAUGUGUACUAUUUAAUCCGGAAGUUGUUAACUUGGCCCAUACAUCUCUAACAAGUCAGUCUAUAAACUAUUUAAAAUCGUAUGCAAAUUUUCAUGUGGGUAUAGAGGUUCCUUUUCUCUUGUUUUUGUUUGUUUGUUUGUUU